CAGCUUUUCUGUAUAUGUAUACACUAAAUAUAUAUACCAUAGUGCCGGUUCGUCAUUGUCAGUAUCUCACAUUUAUGUUUACCGGGUGAUACUCAAUAAUACUACAUACGCGUAUGCCGAAGCUUAUUCAGAACUAUUUGGUGUGGUUUGACAAAGUCGACGACGUUGCAACAGUUUAAUAUCUAGACGCACACACAUCGCACGCAUUAUAUAUAUAUAAUAUCGUCAUGUCGAGUGGAUAUCUUUUUGGCCGUGGUUUACGUGCAUCUACAGGGUAUGUACGUAACCUAUCACUACGUGACAGUAUGCAUGGGGACGUGCAUUACAAUACACUUAAACAGGCCAGAACACAACGGUUUGGAAGGACCUCCCUUUGCAGUUGUCAAUAUAUGCAAACGCGGAAUAAGUCUGCGAUAGUACAACCGCACUCACAGUCAGACUCGGACUCGCAUACACCUACACCUACGCCUACACACAAAGGUACCAAUACAGAUACAAAUACAAGUACCCGGGGAGGUAUACCAAGUAAAUAUAAUGAUACGAGAAAAACCAGUACAAAUAUUACGGACAAUGCUGCAGCGCUCGAUAAAACGACCCGAGCCUUCCGCACACGCACACACAACAGGCAACGCAAUACAAAGCUCAGAGAUAGGGAAACUGCUGAGGAAGAAGCUAUAGAGCGAUUAGCUGAUACACAAAGGAAAGACAAUAUUGUGAUGCGUAAUCGGAAAAGUACUAAAGCGCCUAGCAAUAAGAAUAUACUGAGCGUGCUACAGCAUGAGUUUGGCAAUAGCCCACCAGAAAAGGUGAUGCCUGAAAGCCAGAGGUUGAAGUAUGAACGACAAGAGGAAGAUAAAGUGAUGAGGAAGAGUGUAUACCAGGGCGUGGUGAUGGAAGGAGAAUCGGGCAAGUCAACGGGAUGGGAGAAUAUAGAGGACGGUAAGUGUGGUGUGCAUAUAGUAAUAGGUUCGGCUACAUAUAUAUAA